AUGUCCUCUACCUUAACACUUUUCCUCGCAUCUGCCCUAUACGGCUUACCAUCUCUAUUUUUAUACAUAUUAACAUUUAUAGUAAUAGCAAGACACCGAAAAACAUUUGAUUCUUCUUUUUUUCAACUAUAUGUAUUUGAUGGAGCCAUGAGCUUAUUCACCUAUAUUAUGGGGUUCGUGGUAAUUCGUCUGGCUAGUGUAACUUGUGGCGAGUGUUGGAUCCUUUAUUUAGGAAUUUAGGUGGGCUCCAUAAUUCCCCCGAGCCUGCUAAAAACCUUACAGCCCCAUAUGGCCUAUGUACAGUACUCUAUCACAGCCCUUGUAUCCUUGAAUCGUCUGACUGUCCUUAUUAACUAUAACGUUUUUGAACCGACUUGGAAGCGAUUCACCUGGAUAUUCAUACUUCUAGCUUUCUUUGUUCCAUUCGUAAAAACCUAUGUUAUGUUGAUUUUUAAAGCUAAAAUAUCUUACAUUGAGGCUACCGACUCGUUUGAGCUAGUCUCUACCAUUCAGAGAUAUCUUCUUAUCUGUAUUUUUGUUUAUGAUGAUCACCAUGAUUAUAUCAACAUUUUGCAAUUUACUCAGUUUUCGGUUUCUUCGAAGUCUGAGUAUUCAACGAAAAAAGGCGGAAGCCAACUUUCUCAUGAUCAUGUCAAUUACCUGCUUUGUUCAAUUUGUUGGUACAGUGCUCACUGGGGGUCUAUUAUUUCAUGAAUCUGCUGAACUACUCGGAAUUAUUUUAGUGGUCCUUCCAUAUUCAAGUGACCUACUCUCACUUCUACAGCCAUGGCUUCUGGUGUGCUUUAGUAGAGCUAUCCGGAAGCAAAUCAAGGAAAUGUUUGGAUUGCAUUAUGAGCAGCAUAUUGUCCAAAUUCGAUCUAUUACGAGCUGA